AUGUUGUAUUACGCUCACUGCGCAUGCGCAAUACCGUUGGCAUUUAUCUUAAUGUCUGUCAAAAAAAGGCGAGACUACAAGCACAUGUUGAAGGCCAUCAAGAACCUCCUUGCUGAUGGUCUCUGCUUGAAAGGCGUUGUCAUUGACUUCGAGCAUGCGUUAUGGCAGGCAGUGGCAAAGGUGUUCCCAGGUGCAUCAGUUCAAGGCUGUGUGUUCCAUUGGACCCAAGCAAUUUGGCGGAAAGUACAAGGGUUGGGCCUGACCACAGCAUACAAUGAGGAUGACUCAACCCAUAAAUACAUUAGACGGUUGAUGGCCUUGCCAUUUUUGGCCCACGAGCAGAUUAGCCAGAUGUUUGAGCAGCUGAAGGCUUUGGCAACCACACCUGUCCUCCAAACCCUGGUCGCGUACAUCAGUGAUACCUGGAUCAAUUCCACAGUUUGGUCUCCGGAGAAUUGGAGCAUAUUCAAAAAAAGUGUUAGAACCAACAAUGAUGUUGAGGGUUGGCACCAUCCUUUAAACCACAACGCAUGGCGUGGAUCCCUGCCCUUCUACUUGCUGGUUGACCUAUUUCAUCGCGAAUCUCCUCUGGUGUCCAUACAGGUUCGUCUAGUUUCUGAAAACAAAUUGAAACGUCAACAACGGCGCAAAUACAGAAACCUACAAGGCAGAAUAUUUGAACAUUGGGACAAAUUCAUUGCUGGUGAAAUGACCAGCAAACAACUGUUGCAUGCUUGUGCCCAUGUCAAUGGCCCUUGCACCCAGUGA